AUGUUCGAUCCGGAAACGAAAGUAUGGUCCGGUUUCAAGCAGCCACCAUUGCUAAACCCGGAGGCCAGUUUAGGCCAGGUUCUCAUGGCUCUACUGAAGAGGACACCCAAUAGGGUGAUUCAAAUCGACGGCGAUACGGGCCAAGUAAUGACGUGCGAGGAAAUGCGGUUGAAGACGGUACGUGCUGCUCAGACCCUGGAAGCUCUGGGCUACCGAGCGGGUGACAUGGCAGCGCUGGCAUGUACUAAUAGUGAAAGUUUAGCGCCGCUCGUUUUGGGAAUGUUGACUCUGGGAAUGACAACCCAUUUGAUGUCUCCAAGCUAUGGUCUGGAUGAUUUGGUACACAUGAUGAAUAUCACGCAACCCAAACUUGUAAUCUGCGAUGGCGGUAACUUUGAAACAGUACGUAAAGCAAUCCAAUUGAAAGGAACACCAGAAUUAGAACUUUAUGCACUAGAAUGUGAGUCGUCGAUUGUGAAAAAGGCAGAAGAUUUGCUGCAAGAAACUGGCUAUGAGGAUUUCUUUCUCAGUCCGCCUCAUGUGGGAAAUUCUCGCGAAACCGUGGCUGUUGUAUUGUGCUCAUCCGGAACUGCGGGACUGAAUAAAGCAGUGUGUCUAUCACACGCCCAUCUUAUUACACUCUGUGGGGGAUCGGCUAUGUUUAUGAACAGUGGUAUCAUCUUCGCUUUUAGCCCAUUGUUUUGGGGUACAGGUUUGUGCUGUUUGCUGUUAUCUCUAACUAUUGGUGAUGCUCGACUGAUAACGCGCAGACCUUUUAGCGAAGAUACAUUUUUUGAAUUGAUGCAACACUACCCUGUUAAUAUUGUGUGCAUUUCACCUUCCUACAUCCAUUUACUGAUGCGAGAUAAAAGGACUAAAACUAUGGAUUGGUCUUACUUGAAAGUUUGGGUAUUUGUAGGAAGUUAUGUUUCAGAAAAUAUUCGGAAUUAUUUUGAUGAUCUUCUUCCAAAUGGACGAUCUGUUAUUAUAUAUGGUUUGUCAGAAACAGGUACAGUGGCUGGCGACUUAUUUGGACGCAGAUCACAUUCCACAGGUCAGUUAUUACCGAAUGUUAGUGCUAAAAUAGUUGAUGAAGUUGGUACGGCUUUGAGUAAUGGAGAACGUGGGGAACUGCUAGUGCAAUUUCGUGAACCUUUGCUCGGAUAUUACCAUAAUAGGACGGAAACUGCAGCUGCGCUUAGCGAGGACGGUUGGUUUCGAACUGGAGAUAUCGCUUUGUUUGAUGAGGAUGGAUAUCUGUACAUACUCGAUCGAAAGAAAGAUUUAAUAAAAUACCACGGUUAUCAUAUUGCGCCUGCCGAUUUAGAAGCAAUUAUUGAACGAAUCGCGGGAGUUGAGCAAGUCAGCGUUGCUGGAUUGCUUGCUGAAGACGGUUGUAAUGAUCUGCCCGCUGCGUUUAUUGUUAAAAGUCCAGAAAGCGAUUUGAAUGAGGAAAAAGUUCUACAGAUAGUCGAUGAUCAAGUGGCGGAUUAUAAAAGAUUACGAGGUGGUGUAUUUUUCGCUUCGACUUUACCCAGGACAGAGAACGGUAAGAUUAUUCGAAGAAAGCUGAGAGAAAAUGUACAGACGAAAAGUAAACUUUAAUGUUUCAGAAAAUUCAA